AGCUGCUCGGUGACGCGCGGAGGUCACAGUAUGGGGCUGGCUCGGGUGAGUCGGCUGUGAUUCUCCCCGGUGACCCUCCGCCACCGGCCGCAGACAUGGCCAUCGCUCACAUCGCCACCGAGUACGUGUUCUCCGACUUCCUGCUGAAGGAUGCGUCCGAGGCCAAGUACAAGGGGCUGCGGCUGGAGCUGGCGGUGGACAAGAUCGUGUCGUGCAUCGCCGUGGGGCUGCCCCUGCUGCUCAUCUCGCUGGCCUUCGCCCAGGAGAUCACCAUGGGUGCCCAGAUCUCCUGCUUUGCCCCCGGCAGCUUCUCCUGGAGGCAGGCGGCCUACGUGGACUCUUUCUGUUGGGCAGCCGUCCAGCAGAAGAACUUGUCAAGCAGCGAUGCUGGCAACAUCCCCCUGUGGCUUCACAAGUUCUUCCCGUACAUCCUGCUCCUGGUGGCCGUUCUGCUCUACCUGCCGUCCUUGUUCUGGAGGUUUACGGCAGCUCCUCAUCUCUGCUCCGACCUGAAAUUUAUCAUGGAGGAGCUGGACAAGUCCUACAACAGGGUCAUCAAAGCUGCCAACGGCAAGAGCAGCGGCAAGAAAGAAGGGGCCAGUUCGCAGACGCUGAGUGACAACCUAUCACAGAGCCUGUUGGAGAUCUCAGAGGGUCACGUCAAGUACCCAUUUGUGGAACAGUAUCUGAAGACAAAGAAGACCUCUUACAACCUAAUCAUCAAGUACCUCAUCUGCCGAUCCUUGACGCUGGUGAUUAUGCUCUUGGCCUGUAUCUACCUCGGCUACUACAUCAGCCUCUUCUCCCUGACAGACGAGUUCAGCUGCAACAUCCGCACCGGCAUCCUGAAGAAUGACACCACGCUGCCGUCCUUAAUCCAGUGCAAGCUGAUCGCAGUGGGAGUCUUUCGGCUGCUCAGUUACAUUAACCUGAUUGUCUACUGCUUUGUCAUGCCUUUUGUCAUCUACGCCAUGCUGGUACCCUACAGGAGACGGUCCGACGUGCUGAAAGUGUACGAGCUGCUGCCCACCUUCAGCAUCCAGCAGUGUCACUCCAAGAGCUACGACGACCUCAGCAUCUUUCUUCUGUUCUUGGAAGAGAAUGUAAGUGAACUCAAGUCUUACAAGUUCCUCAAAGUGCUGGACAACUUGAAGGACACGGGAGAAGACUUUGACACCAUGCAGCUUCUGACAUCGCUUGGGACUGUGAAGACGGACACGGUUGACGGGAAGCAGACGGCAUUUAGAAAUGCAGCUCUGCCGCCUGCAGGGCAAGAUGGUGCUGAGCUUAAAGAACUGACCACAAACGACGGGGUAAAGACGUCUACGGAGGAUAAGAAAGUCAGACAGAGACUUCUAGAUUCGUCAUGCUGAUCAAUGCCUCGAACCUCUCCAACCAUGUUUACAGCAACCAUUGCGGCCAUUCACUGCACGAGCGGACAGCCGGACUGCGGCUGAACCAUUACUACUCAGGUCUUCCUACCGAGGGGCCAUAUGGAGACUUAAUGUGGAGCUGUACCUUUAAGGCCGCAAUCAAAUGCAAGUUGCUUGUGUCCAAGGACUCUUUGCGAUACUAAUGAGCUGUCAAUCAAACUCCUACAGACUGACCGGUUUUGUCUUUAGGUAUAACAGUGCCUCAAAGAAAAAAAAGAAAAAGAAAAAACUUAAUAUUAACACUGGAUGUCACAAAACUGGAAAACUGAUAAAACUGCAUAAUACGUGUUUUUAGGACGUUCUUAAGUUUACAUUUAAUGACUUUUUUCUUUUUUUAAAAAAAAAAUGGCAGGGAGCCGCUGCCGCUGGAAAUGUUGUGUUCUUUCUACAAGCCUAGAUGGCAAAGUAGAGCUCCUCCUGCAGGAAGGAGAUUGUAGCGCCACCUUCAGGUGGUUACCUUGCAAAGUAUGUUUACGUUGCGUAUUUUAUAGGCCGAAAAAAAUAAUAAUCUGAUGCCAAAAUCCACCCGUUUACAAGCAUAUUUUUGAUGGGUUUUCAGUUUUUUGCGGACAUUUUGGCAGCUUUCUCUGCCUCCCGUUGACUGGAAAGAUUUGGCACAUAACCCGUGCAAAUUUCAGAUCGUCAGUGUACAUAUUGAUGUCAGUGGGACACAUUUUGUGGGUAUUCCACCCCUAUUCUGCGCUAAAAUACAUGUGAAAACCUGCCACGUGAACAUACCCUGAGUGAAUGUGAAACUUUUCCGGGGCCGCAAAUUAGUCGUGUUCCUGAGCUGCUCCGCGGGUUCUGGUUAUCUGUGUGACAUGCUGUGGUGCCGCCUCUAGGUGGCAGUAAAGAGACAGUUUUCUUCCACCCUGUAGCAGAGCUCAUUUGCAUACUUUUUCCCAGGGAGCAUUGCUCUAAGGACACCCUGUCAGCCAGGUCUCCAUAAGGAGAAUGUGUAUCGGCCAUUGCACCUAGGUUGUCUGAACCGACCCAAUGCUGCAGUGGGAAGUGGUGUUUUUUUGUGCUUCUCACUAUCCCAACCCUUUACAUAAAUCUCAUUGAAGGCUUCCAGUCCUGCCUUGAUCAUUAGAAGGGGCCCUGGUGCCCUCAUUAUGUUUUUGGAUACAAGUCGCUGGAGUUCAGUUUAGUUGCACUAGAGUGAAUAUAGCAGAGCGGAAUUUGUCAUUUGAUGAGGGUCUGCUACCUUUUGUUUACCAACAGUCCUAUGUAAAAUCGUAUAUAACAAACAUAUCCCAUUAUGACAAACUCAUCUCUGCCACAUCCAAACUAAAGCCAUGUAUAUAGCUUUGCCGAGUUGCGCCAAAUACCAAUUGCAAUCUAUGGAGCAACAAGAGACCCAUCUCUAUGACCAGCAUCCAUUUAUGCAACUAUGGCGGCGUGCACACUUGCGUUUAGGAGUCCCAUCCUCUGAAGCUUGUGACUAGAGUCCCUCCCUUAUUCCUCUCCUUUUCCCAUGGGCUCACCUCUGGGAUUUCUGCCAGGAACCAGAAAGCGGGUCUAUCUCGUGAGGGCCGGAGAUUUGGCAGCGGGUGUGCCGGCAGUCCAUUAUAGUCUGAGAGCAAGCUUGCUUAUCUCCCAUUUGGCUGCUCACCAGCCAGAGGUGGACAACGGGAACAGGAAUGGCUUUCCAUGCCCCAGAUUUUAGUUUGUCCGCUUUCUACGUGUACUAUAUAAUUUUUAUACAUUGGGUUGUUUAUGGGCUAGUGUUCUACAUUAGUUACUGGUGGUGUAGGGGUUAAUAUGCUGUUGUAUAGCAGUCAAGGGUUAAACCCAGAUGUUCCCUGAGGCCUAGGGUUUGAGGUAAGAGUCUAUAUACACCAUAAUGCAUGUCAGUGGUAUACGUAGGGAGGAUUUCCCAACAUGGACCUCUGACGUGUGUUGCUAUAUGCAUAGCUUGGCAUACAUCGCCCAUAGGCUUCUAAAAAGUAUACUAUGCGGUAUACAGGUUUUCCCAAGAUGCCGCAGGCUAUGUUUAUUUCAUACAGCAGAAAAAUUAUAUAGGACACUAUUUUGGCCACCGUUGGUAGAAUAUACAUUGCAUUGGGAGUCUUCAGACCCGUUCAAUUUUUUUUUUUGCAUUUUUUUUUUUUUUUAAUGUUAUAUAAAAUUUUAUUCUGUUUUCCCCAUCAUUCUGCACUCACUACCCCAUAGUGAGAAGUGAGAACAGAAUGUCCAAACUCUAGACCCUUUGCUCAGGAUUUAGAUAAAGUCCCUUGGGCAGCGAUUACAGCCUCCAGUCUUCCUGGGGGUGAUGCCACAAGGUUCACACACCUGGAUUUGGGGAUUUAUUUAUAUUUUUUUGCCAGGCUGGAUAAGGACUCUGGGAGGACAGACAUUUUCAGGUCUCUCCAGAGAUGUUGGAUUUGGUUCAAGUCAGGUCUCUGGAUUUUUUUUUUUUUGUCCCCUUCUCCAGAUCCGUGUCCCCCCACACAAUCCUGUCUCUGAGCUCUACAGGCAGUUCUUUCCUCCUCAUGGCUU